AUGAGUCAAAGAAUCGAAGUACAUGAUACAAAACGUUCGACAGCUCGUGUUAAUGAUAUGUUUUAUCAUUAUGGAGUUCAUCGUGUAUUACAAGUUUGCAGUCCAAAUACAUUGAUAUCAUCAACACAAGAUAAUCUAAUCGAAAGGAAGUCACUUGACAAUUCAGUCCCAAAAUGUUUACCACAAGCUGCAUGGAAAGUUGAUUCGACACCAAAAUUAUUACAUCAAUCAGAAAUUUUGAUCGAUGUUAAUCAACUAUGUUUAGAUUCAACAUCGGCAACAUGUUUAAGAGUAAAAUUUCAUGAUAAUGAAAAAGAAAUUUGUCAGGAAAUAAUGAAUAUUGUCAAUAUGAGAGGGAAAAUGCAUAAUCCAUACACAAGUUCAGGUGGUGUUUUGAUUGGAACAAUCAAAGAAAUCGGUUCAUUGAUUGAAAAACCUCUGAAGAUAGGCGUGGAUAUCACGCCACUAAUAUCUUUAACAUGUAUACCUCUUCAAUUAGAAAGUGUUGAUUCGUUUGACGGUGAAAUAGCUAAAGUUCAUGGCACAGCUGUUUUAUUUCCAUCAUAUCGUUAUUGCUUAAUACCAAGUGAUAUUCCACGUGAUAUUGUUAUGACUGCAUUGGAUAUUUCAUCGAUAGUGCCCCAAGUUCAACGGGAAAUUUCUUGUUUGGUGGAUCAAAACAAGAAAAGCGAAAAGAAGGAACUUAUACAUGUUUACAUUGUUGGUUGUGGAAAAUCAGGCAUAGCCGUAAUGGCAGCAAUACGUGCAUCGAUUUAUUCCAAACAAAUUAAAAUUAUUACGACUGAUAUCAGUCAAAAACGAGUUGAAGAUUGCCGAAAUCUGGGUUACGCUGAUGUAUGUGAAAAACUUGAUGGACAAGAUGUCGUAGCAACACUUACAUUCAUACAAGAACAUACACUAUCAACAUCCGGUGUCGAUUUAGUUGUUAAUACAACAAAUGCUAUAUUAACUGAAACUGCAUCUAUCAUAGCAGCACGCGAUUAUGGUAUUGUUAUCUUAUUUUCAAUGGCAACACAAUUUGAUCGUGCAGCAUUAGCAACUGAUGCAGUUGGCAAAGAUGUUCAAGUCAAGAUCGGAGUCGGAAUUGCUGAUGAUCAAGAUACAAUUAUACUUGAUUUAUUGAGAAAGGAUGAAAAGUUACGAAUGUAUUUUGCAAGUAGAAUAUAA